AUGUUUGCACGUUCAGGGACGGAAAUAGUCAUGCAUCAGAUCAGCUUCUUAAAAUGUUCUAGAUUGCUAACUUCUUCAAAGUGUUUCCGAUUUGGUACUCCUGAGAAGGGAUUGUUUGACGAAGAAUUGCUAAAGCAUCCAUCCGGUUUCAAGUUAUUAAAUGAAAGAGUUAGGAAGCGUUCCUUUGAAUUAGUGGAUCAGAUUGUCAAUAGAAAGUGUCAAAAGAAAGUGGUUGCAGUUUUUGAUGAUUUGUCAAAUGAAAUAUGCAACGCUGCUGAUUUGGCUGAGUGUGUUAGAAAUUUGCAUUCAGUGAAAGAAUUUAGUGCAGCAGCUCAAGAAAGCAUGCAAGAUUUUACAGAGCUGGUAGAAAGUUUAAAUACAAGAUGGGACUUGUAUGAGGCUUUGCGAAAUUCACUUGCAGUCGAAAAUGAUAUUUUAACAAAUGUUGACAAGCGCACUGCAUUAUUGUUUCUUCAUGAUUUUGAGCAGGCCGGAGUCAAUUUAAGUCAGGCAGAGAAGGAUGAAUAUGUCAAACUCAGUCAAGAAAUUUUCGUAGUUGGUUCUCAGUUUGCUCAUGGUGCUGAGCAACCCGUUAAAGUUGCACCUUUUUAUAGUAAAAUGUACCGAGUGAGUCGAAGUUUAUAUUCGCCUAAUGCACUGACAGUAGAUCGGUGCACAAGGCACUGGUCUUAUUCUACGUUCUAUGCACAUAACGAGGACCAGGAGAAGCGGCUUCGUCGGCUCAUUACAUGUCGACAUUUAUUAGCUCGACUUACUGGACAUGAAUCGUUUGCCCAUCGUGCGCAACAAAAUUCUCUGCUUGGUUCAUAUGAAAGUGCUCAUGAUUUCUUGAUUGAAGUCAUUAAGUCUUGUCAGCCAGCAGCUGAACAGGAGUUAGCUGUAUUAGCUGAUAUUUUAGCUCAGGUAGAGUCGAAGCAAGAAAAUUUGUGUGAGUCAGACUUAAAUUAUUUAUGUUCAUUAUAUCGCGAAAAUGCCUUUGGUCAAUUACACCAUCUUUCAAGGUAUUUCUCGUUUCGAAGUUUAUUGAAUGGUUUUGAAUUACUGACAAAACGACUGUACAAUGUUUCAUUAUCCAUUCAAACGCCAGUUGCGGGGGAAAUUUGGCCCGGAAAUGUUAUUAAACUUGACGUUUUUCAAGACACUCAAUUUCUGGGAACGAUUUAUAUUGAUAUAGAAAGUCGGCAAACAAAAGCGGCAGGCGAUUGUCAUUUUACUGUCCGUUGUUUCAAACAGCUAGACAAUGGUUUGUAUCAGACACCAAUCGUUGUUCUAUCAUUAUCGUUAACGAAGGGGAUGGAAACAAUUGAUAAAGUCUAUUUGAGUCCUCAUCAAGCUGAGAACUUUUUCCAUGAAAUGGGUCAUGCAAUGCAUUCAAUGCUUGCUCGCACUCAGUAUCAACAUGUCUCCGGAACUCGUUGUUCAACUGAUAUGGCAGAAAUUCCAUCGAACCUCAUGGAAUAUUUUUUCAAUAACAUUGAUGUUUUGCGUGAAAUCGCAAGAGAUAGUCGAGGACGUUCCAUAAGUGUUGAAGAUGCAGCUUCUUUAAUAACUUCUCGAUUUUCUUUCACCUCACUGGAAAUGUUACAACAGGCCGUAUAUAGUCUUUUCGAUCUUGAAGCUCAUGGUUGUAAUGCGGAAGCAAUAAUGAAUGGUCGCAUUACAUCAACCACUUUAUACUCAUCGAUUUGGUCUCUUGUUUUUCCACAAGUUAAAAAAGAAGCAAAUUGUGCUUGGCAUCACAGAUUCACGCAUUUAGUACCAUAUGGUGCAAAGUAUUAUUCGUAUUUGGUUGCAAGAGCUACGGCAUCCUUGAUUUGGAAUGCUCGAUUUCGUGAUUCCCCGUUUUCGAUGAAUAACGGUGCUGCUUGGGAAAAGGUGUUGUCAAAAGGUGGCUCUGUACCUCCAGCAGAUCUUUUAUAUUCAAUUCUUGGAUACUGGCCAACAUCGCAAAGUCUGGCAUCAGCUUUGAAAGAAGAAUCCGAUCAUACAUGUCAACGCUCAACUAUCCAUAUAUGA